CGCUAAGGCUGUUUGUUAUGAGGAUGAGAGACAAACAGCGUGGAUUACCUUCUAAAACCCUCUGGAAAUACAGCCACUCUUAUAGUGACUAUUUGCAUUUUUUGAUAGGUUUGAUAUAGCACCACUAGCACCACCAUGGCCACUUCAGCCAGUUCCAAAUUGAGCAAAGCUAUGAAACAGCAGUACAUGGAUCUCCCUCAGGGAGAAAAAGUUCAGGUCAUGUACAUCUGGAUUGAUGGAACCGGAGAGGGAUUGAGAUGCAAGACCAGGACUCUAGAUUCUGAACCUAAAUCUGUUGAAGAACUUCCCGAGUGGAACUUUGACGGUUCCAGCACAUAUCAGUCUGAAGGGUCCAAUAGUGACAUGUAUUUGUUCCCCCAAGCCAUGUUCAGAGAUCCUUUCAGGAAAGACCCCAACAAAUUGGUUCUGUGUGAUGUUCUCAAAUACAACCAUAAACCUGCAGAAACCAAUCUUCGUCAGUCCUGUACGAAGAUUAUGGAUAUGGUCCAGAACCAGCAUCCUUGGUUUGGAAUGGAACAGGAAUACACUCUUCUCGGCACAGAUGGUCAUCCUUUCGGUUGGCCCUCCAAUGGCUUCCCUGGACCUCAAGGUCCAUAUUACUGUGGUGUUGGAGCUGAUAAGGCCUAUGGACGAGAUGUUGUAGAAGCCCAUUAUAGAGCCUGUCUGUAUGCUGGAGUAAAAAUCUGUGGCACCAAUGCUGAAGUCAUGCCUGCACAGUGGGAAUUCCAAGUUGGCCCUUGUGAGGGGAUUGAGAUGGGAGACCAUCUGUGGGUCGCCCGUUUCCUCCUGCACAGGGUUUGUGAAGACUUUGGUGUUGUGGCCUCUUUUGACCCCAAGCCUAUUCCAGGCAACUGGAAUGGAGCUGGCUGCCACACCAACUUCAGCACCAAGGAGAUGCGUGAAGAAGGAGGUUUGAAGUACAUUGAGGAGUCAAUUGAGAGGCUUGGCAAGAGACACCAGUACCACAUCCGUGCCUACGAUCCUAAAGGAGGGCUGGACAAUGCCAGACGUCUGACUGGCCAUCACGAGACCUCUAACAUCAACGAGUUUUCUGCUGGAGUGGCCAACCGUGGUGCUAGCAUACGAAUUCCACGAUCUGUGGGUCAGGAAAUGAAGGGCUAUUUCGAAGACCGCCGUCCUUCAGCCAACUGUGAUCCAUACGCAGUCACUGAAGCUCUUAUACGCACAUGUCUGCUUAAAGAAGAGGGUGAAGAGCCAGAGAAAUACAUGUGAAAGACUGGACUGAAGCGUCAUUUUAAUAAUGAAAUCUAUUAUAGACGCCGUGUAUUUUGAAUUCAUUAGUUGUCUGAAAUGAGGUAUGACACUAGAUGGAUCUUUUCUCCUUUUGUUGGUUGUAGAAACGCACAUUGGGUCAGUUUAUCCCACAAUUUUAGCUUUUUCACUGUCAGUUUCUUUUUGUGAUAAGCCCCGUAAUGAUACCAGAUCUGGUCAAAUGUCCUAGUUUGAUAGAGAUGGAAGUUUGCACCUAUCGUUACUGCUACUUGGCCUUUUAUAACUGAAGCUGUUCAGUGUAUUGACUUUUUAAUAUUAUUCAAUUUUAACUUUUUAUUUUUUUAUUUUAUAAACUAACUGUAGAUAUUUUAAUGCAUAUUGUAGUCAGUUGUAGACUUUUCACAGGUUAUAAAUUAUGGCACUGUUUGUCACUCACAGGGACCAAAAUACAGUGUACUUGUAUGGCGCUGACGGUUGCUCAAAGGGUUGUUUAUUUCUUUUCAGUACCAGGUUUCAGAAAACACUAUUAACUUGUCUUAUUAAAAACAUUUUUUAUUAAAA